AUGACACCCUCCGCACCCGAAAAAAGCCUCAAUCGCUGCUCGUCCUCGUUCCAGAUGCGCUCGCUGCGUCCAGUGUCCGCCAAGAUCAUCUCGUAUGGCCGCGAGAACCAAUCACACCGUCGCCCCACUCUCUACGUACUUCGAGUGAGCCGCAGCGGCGCCCCAGACUGGUAUGUGGCCAAGCGCUACUCGGAGUUCCGCGCACUACACGAAGCGUUGCAGCGUCAAUGCAACGGCAACGGCAGUAAGCAACACGCGAGUUGUAGCGCAUGCGAAGAGCUCGAGAGUUUUUACAGUAGCGUGCGCUUCCCUGAUCGUCACAUCUUGCAGUCUGGUCUGGGCAUCUCCAAGAAACGACUGGAUGCCACGAGAAUGGAAGAACUGGACAGCUAUAUGCGUUUCCUAUUAGUCAAUACACAGGGUCUCAUAGGAGAUGAAGAGGAUGAAGACGAGUCGCCCGAAUGGGACGACAACGAAGGCUCCAGGUGUCUCGCGCUGGAAUUGAUACGCGAGUUUCUCAUGGUGAAUGAGGACCACACAACGACAGAACGGCAGCUGCACCGGCUAACGAGGAGGAGCUCAUCCGUCACCAGUUUCCACGUGCGGGAGCUGGAUCUCGUGUCAGCCGAGAAGAAGAGCUCUCCCACGGGCGACUCAAUGCGCAAUCUCUUCUCUGAGGAGUGGUGGGACCCCUCCUUUGCGGACGUGUUCGAGGAAUGUGCGGCACCUCCAGAGGACGCUUUCAUCCACCGUCAGGUUGAGGAUGCACCCGCUCGCACUCAUCCGUUGCGUCUCAUUGAGGGAUUCCCUCGUCGCUAG